GGGCGCGACGUCACCAUGUUAAAGACAUUCUUGGUCUAUAAAGGAGACAUUCUAGUUUAUCUCCAAACAUUAUUUUAAAAAAUUUAGCUGGAAGAACAGAGCUGUUUGAGACCAAUCAAUUAACCCAUAAAUGAACAAUGGCGCCGACGAAUGAAAGACAUAUGAACGAUACCUCUAGUAAGGCCUCAGCGAGCCCCGCGGAGCCCAAGGGUAAGCGGCCCCCAGUGCUUGUGGACGGGGUGACUCUGAAUGGCCCCACGCUGGACAUCCGGGAAGCAGAGAGCUUCCUCAGAGACGCCAUGCCCAUCAUCAUGGAGGAGGCCGUCUGGAAAGCUACUGACGUCAAGGAGAAGGUGUGCGAGUGGCACUCUCCGGAGCAGCUGAAGGACCUAUUAGACCUAGAGCUGAGGGAAGGAGGCGAGGCACAUCCCCAGAUACUGCAGCGCUGUCGGGAUGCCAUCCGAUACAGUGUCAAGACCGGACAUCCUCUCUUCUUCAACCAGCUCUAUGCAGGCAUGGACCCUUAUUCACUAGUGGGCCGGUUCAUCACCGAAGCCAUCAACCCCAGUCUGUACACGUACGAGGUGGCUCCAGUGUUCCUGCUGACAGAGGAGGCGGUGCUGCAGAAGAUGAUUGAGAUCAUUGGAUGGCAGGAGGGAGGGGACGGCAUCUUCAGCCCAGGUGGCUCUGUGUCCAACAUGUAUGCUGUGAACGUGGCCAGGUACCACCACUGUCCUGAUGUGAAGGUGCUGGGCCUGUCUGCCUUGCCUAGACUGGUCAUGUUUACAUCUGAGGAGUGUCAUUACUCGGUUGCCAAAGCAGCGGCUUUCCUGGGAAUUGGCACCAACAAUGUUUAUGUGAUCCCGUCAGAUAAGAGAGGGAAGAUGAUUCCUGCAGAGUUUGAGAAGCAAGUACAGAGAGCCAAAGAUGAGGGAGCGUUGCCCUUCAUGGUGAACGCCACAGCAGGGACCACCGUCCUAGGGGCCUUCGACCCGUUGGAGGAGAUAGCUGACAUCUGUGAACGACACAAUCUAUGGAUGCAUGUCGAUGCAUGUUGGGGAGGAGGAGUCCUGAUGUCUAAGAAACACAGAUACCUGCUGCAGGGCAUUCACAGAGCCAACUCAGUAGCAUGGAAUCCUCACAAGAUGCUGAUGGCUGGUCUCCAGUGCUGUGCCUUCAUGGUUCGGGACAAAACGAAUCUUCUCCAGCGGUGUCACUCGGCCCAGGCCUCCUACCUCUUCCAGCAGGAUAAGUUCUAUGACGUCAGCUAUGACACGGGAGACAAGUCCAUUCAGUGCAGCCGCAAGCCCGACGCCUUCAAGUUCUGGCUGAUGUGGAAAGCCAUUGGCACCAAGGGUCUGGAAGAGAGAGUGGACAGAGCCCUCGCUAUGGCCAGAUAUCUGGCAGAGGAGAUCAAGAAGAGAGAUGGAUUCCGUCUGGUGAUGGAGCCGGAGUACACCAACGUCUGUUUCUGGUACAUUCCUCCCAGUCUGAGGGACAUGGCUGACGGACCCGACUUCUGGAGAAAUGUCCAUGCGGUGGCGCCAGUGGUUAAGGAGCGCAUGAUGAAGAAGGGCUCUAUGAUGGUAGGCUACCAGCCCCAUGGAGACAAGGCUAACUUCUUCAGACAGAUCAUCAUUAGCCCUCAGGUCAGCAGAGAAGACAUGGACUUUCUGCUGGACCAAAUACACAGCCUGGGGAUGGACUUAUGAUCCCACAGGGAAUACCUACAAAAUGUCACCCGAUUCCCUCAAUGAGCCCUGGUCAAAAGUAGUGCACUAUACAGGGAAUUUGGGUACCAUUUUGAACAAAACCCAAAUGGUCAUGUUCAGUAGGCACGAAACAGGAGAUCCUGUUUUGAAACUGAGUGAAACGGAAGAGGUGGUACCCCAAACAUCCUAUAAGACGUUUCCAAAACGUCCCAUAAGAAGUUUCCAAAACGUCCCAUAAGACGUUUCCAAACGUCCUAUAAGAAGUUUCCAAAACGUCCUAUAAGAAGUUUCCAAACAUCCUAUAAGAAGUUUCCAAACAUCCCAUAAGAAGUUUCCAAACAUCCUAUAAGAAGUUUCCAAACAUCCUAUAAGAAGUUUCCAAACGUCCCAUAAGAAGUUUCCAAACGUCCCAUAAGAAGUUUCCAAACAUCCUAUAAGAAGUUUCCAAACAUCCUAUAAGAAGUUUCCAAACAUCCUAUAAGAAGUUUCCAAACAUCCUAUAAGAAGUUUCCAAACAUCCUAUAAGAAGUUUCCAAACGUCCUAUAAGUUUCCAAACAUCCUAUAAGAAGUUUCCAAACGUCCUAUAAGAAGUUUCCAAAACAUCCUAUAAGAAGUUUCCAAAACGUCCUAUAAGAAGUUUCCAAAACAUCCCAUAAGAAGUUUCCAAACAUCCUAUAAGAAGUUUCCAAACAUCCUAUAAGAAGUUUCCAAACGUCCCAUAAGAAGUUUCCAAACAUCCUAUAAGAAGUUUCCAAACGUCCUAUAAGUUUCCAAAACAUCCCAUAAGAAGUUUCCAAACGUCCUAUAAGAAGUGUGUUAACUUGUCCUCUUAUUUGGUGCCCCAGGGCUGUGCAGAAGCCUCAGCAUGGCACCCUUCCAUUGCCCGUCUCCAUAAAGUGCUCUAACAAGUACCUGUUUCUGCUAAUCACAAUCGAUUCCAUUUGUAAUUCUUAGGACAGGCAGUGUGUCCCUCCAUGAGAGAGUAGACACAGUAGCUUGUUGACGGUUUUGAGGGCUCGACCUCUUUAUAGGAACCAGUUUCAGAUAAAUAAAAAAACUCAGAGUCAUUAUCCUUUAUGUUGAUGUGCUUUUUUUUUAGGGUAAUAUAAUAAAUACUGUUGUAAUAUAACUGCUGUUAGAAAACGAGGCGUGCAACUUUUAGUCUGAAAUGAAAUGUUUGAAGAGAUUUUAGGAGAUACGAUUUUAAGCGAUACCGAUUGAUUGUAAGAGAUUUAUAUAAAUAUUAAUAUAUGUUUAUUACUUGAUGAGAUUAAUAUAUAAUCGUUAAAGAAUACUGAUGUGUAAUGUGAUGCAAGAGCUUUAAAUGUAUUUUAGUUCUUUAUUUUUCAUUUUGGAUUUUCUCUUUUGAAUGAAGUUUCUUCCACACGCAUGAACUUUUACAAUUUAAAAAAAAUCAUAAUUAAAAAAAACGUAGCACACCCAGUGCUCGGAUACUGUGAGUCCACCGACAUAAAUCAGACAGAUCUUAAAAUGGCUACCGUUGUUAUGUUUAAUAAACAGGUUUUUUUUUUAGCAAUACUUUACUUAUUAAAGCCAACAGAUGAAAUGCUUUCUUCCUUGUUUUAAAACGGACUCAAAAUGCCUGUUAUUUAAGUCAUUACUACGAGACGAUAAUAAGAUGAUAGAAGUGGUCAAACCUUAAUGCAUUACAGCUGCUUUAUAAAACAUUAUACCAGUUGGCUUAAAAGGAAGGUGUUUUGUUUUUGUAGCUUGCCGUCACAGAGAAUGGUGUUUACUUUAAACUUGUACAAAGUUCUGUGUACAAUACUAGGAUAAGUGCAUUCUGUAGUAUACCUCAUAUUGUAUUCUGGCAAGACAUUCUGUUUCCUCUUGUUGUUUUUGUUUUGUUCCAGUAGCAUUUUGUUCAGAUAUGUUGUCUGAAAAAAGCCUGUAUGUGUUUUUGUUUCUUUUGUAGAUGGAGGUUUCACUGAGAAUGAUUUAUUUUCUUUUUCAGUGAAAAUAAAACCAUUUGUUUACUGAA